GUGGCUAUUUUAUUUGGAUGUUUUAAUACUUUAUUUUAAAUACUAAGCUCAAUAAGAUGUCACAACAGCUAGAAUUACUAACAGAGAGUCCCUUACAAUGGACGGCUGUAUCGUUAUUAACGCCAGAAAUUCAAAAGAAGGAAAUAAAACCCUUUGUUAUUCUGGCCCUAAAAGAAUUAGAAGGUAAUCCAGACAGUAGAACCUCCAGUUUAAUGAACACGGACAAGUUUGCAGCCGUGAGGGAGGUAGUCAGACACUUUUCUAGACUCCGGUCUGCUACCAAAGAACCAUGGAAUGCGGAGGAUGUUAAACUGUUCCUAGAGGGCUUACAGUUUUCUCCAGACUGCGUAUCAGAAUUAUCAACACUGCUGUGCACGGACAAGAUGUAUGAGAAUGUACCAACACACCUCCGAGUGAAGCCGGGGCUGCUUAGCAUGAGCUGGAAGAUAGAUAUAUCUCUAUGUCAAUCAACCAUAUCAUCAGAGAAUCCAUCACAACAGCGAGCAAGAGAAAUUAUGCAUCGCGACACCCACGUCAUUCUAAUUCUACAGCUCACAGACGGACGGACAAACUCUUACCGUCUGUCGUAUGAUAAAUUUCACGAACUAAGAUAUAUUAUAGCGAGCGCAUUGAAAAGUAUGAUUGUUUUAGAAAAAAGGAAAUGUAUGAGAAGAGAAUGACAUUGGUCUUCGUGGGGAUAAGUUUGUAGUGAGAUAGCGCGGUGACUGUAAAUAAGGGCGUCCAUAUUAUUAUUACGUACGGUAGUU